UAACGUCUUGUAAAAAUUCGGAAGACAAUUUGAUGAUAGUUCUAGUAACCAUGGGAUGGUCACGGCUGGAGCGCUUUGUUCAUAGGUUAAUUCAGUAAGAGAGUUAACUCAGUGUGGCAGGUUUAGUAGUGGUUGUGGUGGUUAAAGAACAGCAAUAAAGUAAAAGGAAGAUUCUGGGGGAAAAAGUCGCAACAAGAAAGUAAGUUGGUUUUUCCGGAUAAAAAAGUAAAAAAAAGCAAAAAAAAAAAGAAGAAAAAGUGAUUUGGCACCAUGAGAGUUCACGCAUGCGCACCGGCAGCGCAAUCAGCCAUCUUUGAGUUUCCACGGGUUUCCGGCAGCCGAGCACGUCAUCCUUAUUGACAGCAAAACACACAAUAAUUAAUAACAAAAAAACAUAUUGGCUUAGCAGGAAAGUUGCUUGGAUAACUGAGGUGUUGUUUAAAGCAACGAAACCAGUGGGAAAAAGCAAUAGUAACUUUAGUUUAGCGAACUCUUUGCAUAAUUUGCAGGAAUUUAGGAAACCUGGGCGAUUUGUUAUCGUUGAGGUGUCGAGCCGUGGACGGCCGAAAAGACACCGCCUCCUCUUCUUCUAGCGAACUGUUUUGGUUCUUCUCCUUCGUUCCUUCCUUAGCAAAUACUGUUUAUUGUUUAUUGUUUAUAUAUACAGAUUUCACCGUUUCGGUGAAGCAAAUCCAGAUACAAAACACAAAAAAAAGGGAAGCAAAAUAGAGCCCCUCCCCACAAAACACCCAAACAACUACAAAAAGGACCUGAAGUAGUUUUUUUCCUAUUUCCAGUCGAUGUCUGCUGUUUUAUUUUCUAGUUUUGGAGUGUUGUCGUUUUCCACUUCUUCUCCCCUUUCCCGAUAUCUCCUCGGCUAGUUAUGUCCACUUGUGGUCCUUCUGCUUUGCCCACCUCCGCUGCUGCCAACGACAACAACGAUAACAACAACGGCAACCACCCCGUCUUUCACUCAGCCUCCGCCGCCUCUCCAAAGGCCACAACAACAACAAACUACAACAAACAAGGAUUUUGGAAAAAAAGUACAAUAACACCAGUGCCUGGGAGUAUCAAGCCAGUUUAUGGCGCACAACACCCACCACGUAUUGAACGACCUAUCAGUAACCCAGGAACACCAAAGAAAGAUGACAAGCUAAAAAACAAGACGAAGGACUCCUUCCGGGACUUUGAAAAUGAGACAUCAGAUGCUUGGGACGAUGGCGAUGAUGAUCUAAUAUUGAUGGCCACUGUUCAAAUGUCCUUAAAGGAUGUCCAGUCGACUGCACGUGCUGUACUUGACAAUCACAGUAAACAGUUUCAAGCUCUUAACGGUACCUCACAGGGAUCUCCAGUCAAAUCCCCAUCAGGAUGUCACAUGACUGCAAUUCCGUCAGCCAUUUCUUUAGGUGCUGGACCGGGUGUAGGUGUGCGUCUCAACAGUCACUGGCAGCCUCCUAGAAUUACGCCUUUGCGGUUUGGUCAGCCAUCAGUGCCAGAUCGAGAAUCUGCUAAAUUAGAAAAAUUUCACACUUUACUAACAUCACUAACAUCAUCAAAUGCAGGUUUAGAAAAAUUACGUAAACUCAGUUGGUCUGGCAUCCCAAAAUCAGUGAGACCCACAGCAUGGAAAAUUUUAUCUGGUUAUCUUCCUGUAGACUGUGAUCGGAGGCAACCCACUUUAGAACGUAAGCGGAAGGAAUAUUUCAGUUUUGUUGAACAGUAUUAUGGGACACGACAUCAAGUUGAACAUCAAGAUACAUUUCGACAGAUUCACAUAGACAUUCCCCGAAUGAACCCUUUAGUCCCUCUGUUUCAACUGAAGGUAGUUCAGGAAAUUCUUAAAGAUAUCCCUCGAAUGACUUCUGUUGCACACUUGUUCCAGCAGAAUGCCGUGCAGGAAAUAUUUGAAAGAAUCCUGUAUAUAUGGGCCAUCCGCCAUCCAGCCAGUGGUUAUGUACAAGGAAUUAAUGAUCUUGUGACGCCGUUUUUUGUUGUCUAUCUUUCUGAGUACAUUAGCAAUGAUAUAGAAGUGGAGAACUGUGACUUAAGCAAACUCUCAAUUGACACAUUAAACAUCAUCGAAGCCGACAGUUUCUGGUGUACAACGAGAUUACUGGAUGGUAUCCAAGACAACUACACAUUUGCUCAACCUGGUAUUCAGAUGAAAGUGAAUGCUUUGAAAGAGUUAGUGAAACGGAUAGAUGUUCCAUUAUAUAAACAUUUAGAAAAACAUAAUGUAGAAUUUCUCCAAUUUGCCUUCCGAUGGAUGAACAACUUGCUGAUGAGAGAAAUUCCUUUGCGCUGUACCAUUCGUUUGUGGGACACUUAUCAGGCAGAAAUAAAUGGUUUUGCAAAUUUCCACCUUUAUCUCUGUGCUGCAUUUCUUACACGAUUUUCCAUUGAUAUUCAACGAGAAAAAGAUUUUCAGGGUAUACUGAUGUUUCUCCAAAACCUUCCCACUCACCACUGGCAGAACGAAGAAAUUGGCGAGUUAUUGGCUGAGGCAUUUAAGCUGAAGUAUAUGUUUGCUGAUGCUCCCAACCAUUUAGUUCAGAAGUCAUGAUGUCCUCACUACUGUUGAAAAACUGCUAAGCUGACUGUUGAAAAUAUAUUUAAAAGAAAAGCAGAACAAAUGAACAAAAUAAUAAUACCACUACAGCAACAACAACACCAUGAACAAUAAUAGAAUCAAGCUUUCGACUUUAAUUUUGCUUCAUUUUGGUCAAGCACUUGUCGAAAAUUUUGACCAGAUGUCUUUAUCGCAACCUCCUUAUCUCUCUCUCUUUGCUUCUCUCUCUCUCUCUUCCCCCCCCCUCUCUCUCCAUUCCCCGUUCAUGCGCUGCUCACAUUUGCAGUUGUGUUUAUCUGCAGGGUUUGCCCCUAAUCAAAAGACUUUUCCAAGUGAGAAGGCUUUUUAUUGGUACCACAGAAAGAUUGUUUUUACCUGUGUAAAGAACUGAACUGGUUUCAUCGUUACCUUCUGUGAUAC